AUGUUUUCGCCCGCAGUCAAUGCUGGUGCUCCUGCUCCAGUGAGGAGUAGUAGAAGGCGGCCACGGCCUUCUUCGAACGAGAAUUCAUUAGCACAACCAAAGAGCAAGAGAGUUCGAAGCUCAUACGAUGAUCAGACUUUUGCGCCAAAUGGUACACUCGAAAUGGAUGAAGCAAAAAGCAAUAAAGUAGCUACUUUAGUGAGGCGCGAAAGUCCCAAGGAGGUCCCAAAUCCAAGACGGGAGAUAGCAGUAAGAGGCAAGAAGUCGAAAGGAGCAGAAAGGCCUGGAAAGGGAGAUGGUAGCGUGGUCCUUACCAAGAACGAUACCUACACAGUUAGUAAACUUCCAGCUCUUCCAGACCAAAUUCGCACAGAUAUUACAGCUCGUCUACACGGCGCAAUAUAUUCUGAUAGUGGUUAUGCACUUGCUCUCACCCAUUCUCACGCAUUUGUCUGGCCAUACGCAAUCAACAUUCCUUCCCCCGAAACUUUUACAUUCGCUUUACCUCACAACAAUAAGCAUGUAACAGAUCCUCUUCCUCUUGGUUCGCUGGUCUCGCCUUCUGCAUCAUCUUCGGAGCCAGGCCUUGUUGUUGUUAUACCUACUACCGGAAAAAUUACAUAUUGGGAAUCUAUCGCUAGUGCCGCUACACUUGACCUGAUCAAACUGAAAAGUAAUGGAGUAGGAUCAACUAUAUCAGGAAUGCUUUCCGGGGAGACCGUUGUGCAACUUUUGAAUGCGGAAACAGCCGGGUUCAUCCUGGCAUUCAGUACCGGAAGGCUAGCUUAUUUGAGAGUCAGAGAUGGACAUGGAAGGCCCGAGAUAUCUGUUCAAUUCCUGAGAGGAUCAAGCGGACCUUUAGCAGGGGGUAUAUUUGGCAGUUUGCGAAAUGCGCUGUCUAGCUCAGCAUGGCGUGGAGAUAUUGCCGCGGUUCGCGCCGGGCCACAAGAGCACGUAGGAGACCGAAAUGUUGUCGUCGCAACAGGAAAGGGAAGAAUACAACUCUGGAAUCUUCAAAGAGAUGGACAGAAUGCGCUGCAUGCCGAAGCUGAGGGGCGGGAAGCAAUUGUAAUGGAAAUCAAAAAAGCCGAGCCUACUCUAUCCGACUUCUCAUUAGAAACGUUCGAAGUUCUCGACUUCACUUUCACGCCUCGAUCGUCAGAGGAGCGCUACGACGUAGGAGAUCACCUGCUGUUGCUAACCUCCCUCUCCAAUCGAUAUACAAGUCACUACACCCUUGUCGAUGUUGUUCUUAGGCGGGAUCAGUUGAUCGUGGAAGAUGUUCGACUACUCAAAUCUUACACCACCAUGGUCAACAAACAUGCAAUUUCAAAAGCUCGAAUUUACCUACCGAGUCCAGGUCUUGUUGCCUAUAUCGUCUUUGACCGUGCCGUAGUUGUUGUUUCCAGGGGAAAACAAUCAGAUUCGCCCGACUCGCAGCUUCUUUCCGAAAAUCAUACACUUUCACCGUCGUUUGAAGAUGUAGUAGACUUCAGAGAAGAUACAAACGUUGAGAUAGUCGGGUCGGGCAUGGAAGAACCCCAAAAUAGUCAACAUGGAAUUGAGGAAGCAAAGUCGCGCAGAUACAAGGCAAGGCAUCCGGCCACCGUUUUGUUGGUUCGAGGUGGAGGUGUGAUACGUGUGGCGGCCACCGAUGUUGACAAACUCACAUCUAGCACAAGACAGCAAGUCACUGCAAAAAGCAAGCUAGAACAAGCAGUAUUUUACGGCACAAUGGCACAAAAUCCUUUGAGCUUUGCGGGACGAUCAGAAUUGCAAUUUCCUGCGGAAGAAGUUGGAGCAGCUGCUUUGGAAUUGAGCACAGAGAUCGUGGAAUCUACAACCAACUUCAUUCCCUCAGUUUCUGCCUCGCUCGAGCAACAUCUCAAAAGGCGGGCAGCAGCUCUUCAUGAUCUUGCUAAGCAUCUCAAAGUGGCUGGCGUAGAGCUUGACAGGGUCACGCGGUGGAAGUUACUUUGGGAUGCAGAAAGAAUGACAGCGGCUACAAUUAUCUGGCAGCGGUACGACGCCCGCAUUCGAGAACUACCUGAAGGACAGAAACGGGGGCUUCUCGCAGAACUUGUGGACCACAUUCAUGAAAAUUUUAAAACAGAGCCUGUUACUGAGAAGGGCGAAGUCGAUCGUGUUCGACAUUUUUUCAUUCAUGAUGUUGCUAAAUUACAUUUGGCGAUACCAUGGGCCUUUCAGAUUCUCAAGUAUGCAUGGCAGGACGGCCAAAAUUCUCCUGCUUCUGUAGUUGAGACAUUAAGUCAAUCUAACGACAUGAUGAUUUGUGCAUUGGAGGGUGCAUUUGACUUUCGCAUGAAUAACUUACGACUAUAUGGAUUACAAUCGGAAAUAUUGUCGCAUGGAAUCUUAGAAGAAGGCUAUGAAGGACUCCCAGAGUUUUGGACCUCGACUUUCUACGUCGCCGAAAACGUUCGAAAGCAAACAGACCUUGUCUCUAUGCUACUCGGAGAAUAUUGGAAUAAGCCUGCUACGGAAGGAAGCGCCGAUCCUGCAAUCCUCGACAAAAUACGAUUAGAGUAUCCUGCUCUAAUCGAUAUGGCUAUCCGAUCCAAUGUGGAGAGGAUACGCUGGGUGUCGGCGCAAGACUCUCCACAACUACAAAUGCAGGCCGAAGGUCUUCAAAACCUACAAUCAGUUUCGCAAGAUAAACAGCUACAGAAUCUUUCCGAUACAUGGGAACUCCCUGAUGAAGCAAUGGCAAUUGCAGAAAAACACGAAAUUCUACAGACGUUGGCCUCUGUUCUAAUGUAUGAGGUUGUCUCAUGUGCUGAUGCACUUCGCACACCGGGCAUUGGCGAAGAUGAAUGUGAACAUCUUAGAAAUCGAGAAAGGGAACUUAAUGAGCGGAUGGACAAGUAUUUUGCAAACUUUGGUGCCAGCUGGGCUGCCGCUCUCUAUGAACAUUAUAUCAGCAAUGGACAAGUCCAACAAAUGCUUAAUGAGUAUCAAAUUCAUCAAGCAUUCCUCACCGCGUUCCUCCGUGAUAAACCGGAGUAUGCGAAGAUUGGUUGGAUUCAUGAGAUUACUCGAGAAAAGGAUUACGACGAGGCCGCAAGAAUGCUUCUUGAACUCGGAUUAGAUCGGGAGCGAGAUGUCUGGAGCAAAAAAGUUGAGCUUAGCAUUGGCAAACUUUCGCGUAUGGCGGGCCGAAAUUACAGUCAGACAAACGGAAUCCUCAUCCCUGACGGAGGUGAAGCAGAACUUGUCAGAGCAAAUCAGGAGCUAGGAUUGAUCAAAAUCCAAGACCUGAUUUACAAAUACAUAUAUCCUACCAUCAGCACGGCCAUUGACGAUAAGGCUGAAGUUCAACUUGCUUUGGAAACUCAUGGAAAUAAGAGUUUGAAGCAACAAUUCUCUUUCAUGAAUCUUCUCGAAAAUAGCAUGACUCAACUCAUCAAGCAUGAGUCUAUGGAUGCUUUCAGUUUGGUUGAUUUGCUUACCUUGAUGGCUGAUGAUUUUAGAGCCAUGGAACAAGAUGACUUCAGCAUUACCAGGUUUUAUUGGGCCCUCGAAGCUAUCCGUUUAGGUGUUUCAAAUAAAGAAGAGAAGUUGCUCAUGCAACGUGUUAUCUGGAGAAGAUGUCUCUUGAGAGAUGACUGGGCUGCAAUGAACAAUACCGAGGCGAAGGACGAUCAAUUUGUGGAAGAUCAAUUAAAGACAACAGCUUUAUAUUGGACACUCAAGAAUUGCUUCAAGAAUCGCAUCUUCGAAAAGGAUCUCACAAUCAAACCACUAAGUCCUCAGGAGGUUAUUGGGGCAUGCACAGAUGAGCUGGAACAACGAUGGUCUCGAAUUGACGCCAGCAUGCGUAAACGCAUGAUGGAAGAUUAUCAGAUGAAGACGAAAGAGGCGGCUAGGACUCUGGAGGAUCUGGAGAGGAGCAUUGCGGAUAAUGAGAAGGAGAGGGCGGAAAGCAUGUUAUUGUCGAGGCCUAGACAUAGGGCUAGACCAAAGUUUGAUGGAAGAAGCAGUGCUAGUGGGAGUGUUCGAGCGGGUAGUUUUAGAAGCUCGGUCAAGUUAUAUUGA